GCAGGGCACGGCGCAGGGCACGGCGUGGGCGGUGUCGACGCCCUGACGGUGACGGGGGUGAAGGCACCACGGGCUCCCGCCCAGGCCCAGACAUGCCGGUCCUUGUGAGGCAGAAACUUGAGAGGGAGCCAUCCUCUCCCUGAAGCCUCGCGGUGGAACAGCUGUCUGACCCAUUCAAAGGGAAGGAUGAAAUCUCUGCGCAGGCACGCGAUGUGAAUGGAAGAGGCCCGUCACUAUGCAAACAGUACGGCACUCUGAACACACACUAAAGACAGCUCUCAUCUCAAAGAACCCAGCGCUUGUGUCACAGUAUGAGAAGUUAGAUGCUGGGGAAAAGCGUCUGAUGGACGAAGCCUUCCGGCCAGACAGUGAUCUCUUUGGACCCAUUACUUUGCAUUCGCAGUCAGACUGGAUAACCUCCCAUCCUGAGGCUCCCCAAGACUUUGAAGAGUUUUUCAAUGAUCUUUACAGAAAGACACCUUCUCCACAGAAGCACAGUAUUUAUACACAGUGCAUUGGAUUGCUAGGAAACACCAGAAGUAUCAGUGAAGAAUAUGUGAAAUGGCUCAAGGGCUACUGUGAAGCAUUUUUCUAUGGCUUGACAGUAAAACUCCUAGAACCAGUACCUGUCUCUGCAACGAGGUGUUCAUUUAGAAUCGGCAAUAACACACAGAACCUACAGAUUCAUGCAGGACAGAUCCUGAAGUUCUUAAAAAAGAAGAAACCUGAAGAUGCUUUUUGUGUUGUGGGAAUAACAAUGAUCGAUCUUUACCCAAGAGAUUCCUGGAAUUUUGUCUUUGGACAGGCAUCUUUGACAGAUGGUGUGGGGAUAUUCAGCUUUGCCAGGUACGGCAGCGAUUUUUACAGCUCACACUAUGAAGGCAAACUGAAGAAGCUACAGAAGAAAUCUUCAAGUGACUACUCAGUUUUUUAUAAUUAUUACGUUGCUGAAGUGACUAGUGUUUUGCUGCUUUGGUCCUGUAAGACUUUAACCCAUGAGAUUGGACGUAUCUUUGGACUUCGGCACUGCCAGUGGCUCACAUGCCUGAUGCAAGGCUCCAACCACUUGGAAGAAGCUGACCAGCGUCCCCUCGACCUUUGCCCCAUCUGUUUACGCAAGUUGCAGAGUGCUAUCAGCUUCCACCUUAAAGACAGAUACAAAGGGCCACGGGUUCCAGCCCUGGCCCAGGAAGAUCCCACAUGCCGCGGAGCAACUAAGCCCGUGCGCCACAACUACUGAGCCUGUGCUCUAGAG